CACAGACACAGCCGCUUGGGUUUGGAAGGCGCGUCAGGCAUGAAUUGUAAGAAUGGUCGAUGAUGCAACGUUCCAUUCCAGGAAAUAAACCUCUCCGAGAAAAAUCAUCAGAUGCGCACAUGUAAUCCAUACUCCGUUCCAGGUCCCUACUGAGAGAGCUGUAAGAUGUCUAUGGUCCUGUUUGCAUCGGUGGUACGGGUUAGGGAUGGCCUGCCCCUCUCCGCCUCCACAGACUAUGAGCAGGACAGAGGGCUACAGGAGACCAAGAAGCACCUCAAGGGCCUCUCCAAAAAACUCAGCCAGUUUCCCGACCGCUGCACACUGAAAAGCGGGCACUACAACGUCAAUUUCACCAGCUCUCUGGGAGUCGGGUAUAUGAUGGUCUGCACAGACAGCUACCCCAACGUGUUGGCCUUCUGCUUCCUGGACGAGCUGCAGAGAGAAUUCAUUGUCACAUAUGACACCAAGAGGAUAAAUGGAGCCAUUCGGCCGUACUCCUUCAUAGAGUUUGACACGUUUAUCCAGAAGACCAAGCAGCGGUACAACAGCCCUCGCUCGCUCUCCACCAAGAUCAACCUUACCGACAUGCAGACUGAGAUCAAGCUCCGCCCACCUUACCAGUUGUCUGUUGAGGAUGUGUGCUUGACCAACGGCUUCGCGCACCACACCCCUUCCAAAUACAAGGGUGUAGAGAAGGAACUGAAGGCGCGGCUUCCCCAUUGCCCAAAGCCCCAGACGGCCUGGUCCCUGGCCUUCGAGACGGACUCAAAUAUCACAUCCAGCCACAGACGGCACCCUCCUAACCAAAUGCUUGAGCCCGUCACUCUGGCUGGAAUCGUGUCCUGUGUGCUGAGCCUUCUCUGCGGGGGUCUCAAUUUGCUGCGUGGAGUUCAUGCAAUAGAGAGCAUACUGCAGAAUGAAGAUGAAGACUUUAAUUACGUUAUUGCCUUUUUCCUUGGAACGACGGCCUGCCUGUAUCAGUGUUACCUGUUUGCCUACUGCACGGUGUGGAGGAGCGGCAAGUCGUUCCUGUGCUUUGCCCUCAUCUGCCUGUGCAACAUGUACCUGUACGAGCUGCGCAACGUGUGGCAGAUCCUCUUCCACGUGACGGUCGGCGCCUUCGCCACGCUGCAGAUCCACAUACGGCGGCCGCAGGGCAAGGCCCCCGACUACACCGUCUGAGCGCAGGGCACAGAGGCUGCUGGGAAAUGCAGAAUCCCCUCCCCCAAACCCACACCCACCAUCCCCAACAGCUCAGGAACAUGGAGACCGCUUCCGCCAAAUCCUGCAAAAAAAACCCCUCUCCAUCGCACUGAUUGCCGCCCCCUGGUGGCAAGGACUAGAAUCGCAGUCGGCGUGCUACGGCCAAAGCCCAAACCAAAUGUAGGUUGAAUGUCCUCGGGUAACCCGAGGCCCUGUAAUAAAGUGUCAGUGAGACCUACACUACG